AUGGCCCGGCUGCUGUGCCUCCCGCUGCUUCUGCUGGCCUCCCUGUCUGUGGCCCUGGCGGCGAGGGAGGACAGGAUACUUCCGAGUCCGGAGGAGGAGGAUAGGAUACUUUUGAGCCCCCAGGAGCAGAAUAAGAAUUUUGUGGGUGGCAUCCAUGAUGCAGACCUCAAUGAUGAGUGGGUACAGCGUGCCCUUCGCUUCGCCAUCAGCGAGUACAAUGAGGCCACCAAUGAUGCAUACUACAGACGCCCACUUCGGACGCUGCGAGCCAGAGAGCAGACCGUGGCCGGGACCAACUACUUUUUCGACGUAGAGAUUGGCCGAACCACAUGUACCAAGUCCCAGCCCAAUUUGGACACCUGUCCCUUCCGUGAACAGCCAGAACUGCAGAUGAAACAGUUCUGCUCUUUCCAUAUCUACGAAGUUCCCUGGGAGAACAGAAUGUCCCUGGUGAAAUCCAGGUGUCGGAAAGUCUAA